CAUGGGACCAAUAUGGCCGAUACAACUGUUGUGGUCGAGGGAAAAAUUAAGUUUAGAGAUGGCAAAAAAUGGAAGCCGCGAUGGUGUGUUAUGAAAAAGCCUUCUCCAGUCGCUGAUCGCCUACAAGUUCUAUUGUACAAAGAUGUCAAAGAAGCAAUGCGUGAUGGUGGCAAACCCAAGUCAGUGUUUCCACUGGAAGGGUUCUAUGGCAUCGAGUCGUUCCAGUUUGACAAGGAGGCCAAUGUUAUGGCACUGGUGUGCCAGAAACAGGUUACUCUGCUGGCCUACGAGUCCCGAGAAAACAUGAUACAGUUUGAAAUCAAAAUCCGCAGAAGUCUUGGCCAGGAACAUCAGUUUCCUGUAAGACUGGCCAAAGUUCCUCACAACAGUCGUCUCCCUUUGGAGUUGAUUCGAUUGCACAUUCAUGGACAGAAGUUUUGUAUGACAGCAUAUAUUCCACCCAAAAUCCUUCAGUCUUGGCAGAUUUGUGAUUUGAGGCGGUUUGGAUCUGUGGAUGGAAAAUUUUGCUUUGAAGGAGGAUCAAAAUGUGGCCGAGGAAUGGGAAUCCAUGUGGCUCUGUCUGAGCAGGCUGACGAAAUUGCCAGCAUUGUACAACAGGCCAGCCAGGGAAAACAGCCCAGCUGCCAUAGUAACAUAAACAAGAGAAAAGGCACAUAUGGCAAUGAUGGGGACAUUUAUAUUCCACCACAGGCUCAGAUUCCUGGUGCUUUUGACUCUGUUGGAUCAUCAUUUGGAAGUGGCAACAAUGGCCUGCCACCCAGUAUGCUGGGUUGCUGUGGCGAUAUGCAGAAUCAGGAUGACUGGGGGUGGCAGAAGCGACACUCCAUUAGUGUCAUGGACUACAGGAGGAUGGGAGCCUUGGCAGAGAAGUCAAAGUUAAUGAGCAUUGAAAAUCUAGAAAGACAAAGACUGUUGGCAGUAUAUGAUGUCCCUCCUAAACGGAUUCGUAAAGUUGAAACAAAUGUUGUGUCCCAAGCUGUUGGUGGUCAGAGAUCAGACAGCGACAAGGCCAAGUCCUGUGUUUCAUGUUCUGCUCUCCUAGGUAGGGUUUCUGAUACCUCUCGUGUAUGUUCCCAUGGUGCUUCCUACUCCUCCCUUCCUUAUGAGAACAGCUCUCAACCAUAUGUCAGCAGUCUGUCCACAGCCUGCUCUGCAAAAGAUCUGUUCAAGCUUCAAGGCAGAGGAGAUUACCAUGGCUACUCAAGAAGCCUGGGAAGUCAGGGAAACUACCAACUUAGUGUCAUUGAAGAUGAAAUAAGAAUGGCAAAUGACAGGACUAAAAGGAAAGAAGCCCUUCAGAAACUUCAAAGAGAAGAGAGUUCCUUGCAAAGAGAAAUCACUCUGUUGGAUGAAAUUUUGCAAGUAUGUAAAUUUGAUGAUGAGGGUAAAGCUGGUGAACUUAAAGGAACCAAACCUUCAACAGUCAUAUUAGAGAAAUCUUCUAGUCUACCUCAGAAGACAAAGAAAGAUUUGUGGGUAGACACUAAGAAGUGUAACACAGAAGUAGCAAAGCUCAGAACCACAGGGCCUGAAAAACAAAGCAUGGAAACCAACUGUCUCAGUCCUAAUUUGUUAAGCAAGCUGAAAGAAAUUCCUUCUCAUUCUAAACUGCUUGCUCCACUACCAUAUGUAAACUUGUCUAAAUAUGAUGAAGAUGACAAGUCAGAUCAUGUACAUGUUCCAGGAAGUGGAGACAAGCUUGUAGUUUCCAGUGCCUGCAGCAGCAGCUUAAGCAAUGUGUCGGUGUUCAACAAGGAGAAUUCUCCUCAUACACAAGCUAUUAAACAGAAACUGGGAGCCAGGUCCUCCAGUGAGUCUCGGAUUGCUGUCAGAAGCAGCCAGUGGGAAGAGGAGGAGCAGCAAGUUCCUCAGUGGCAGAAAGAACCAAUAUAUGCCAAUGAAUGCAUAAAAAAGGAAAAUACACCACCACCUGAGCUGCCACCCAAAGGACCAGCAUUGUUAAGAAAGAACUUAUCCAAAACAUCUACUGUUGUACCCCAUUAUCCACAGCCUGGCUUGAGUCUCACACCACCUGCUCUUCCUUCCAGAGAUAGGAGUCGGUCUGUUGGGUCGCAGGGUAAGCUCCAUGGAUAUGACAAUGCUCCUAUGGUUGGUUACCAGGCUUCUACACCUUCUUCUACAUCAGUUGGAACGCAAGAUUCCUACCUACUUAUGGGGGGAUUUCAAGAAGAGCCUAAGACACCAAUGGAGGGACAGCCUUUUGGUAGUGGUGGCAUUGAUUCACACAGAACCAGUGUCACAUCUCGAGCACUGAUAGUGGGUGCUAAGGGGAGGGAGAUACGGCAGUUUGAACCUGAAUGUCCGAACUUAAGAAUUUCAGACUCAUCAUCAUCUGAAAGUGACCUUUAUGGAUAUUCUCCUAGUCCAAGACCUUCAGUUGAGUUGAGAAUAACUGAGCCAAUAGAUGAAGCUGCACCUUACAUACGACAGCCAAGGCAAGAAAGCAACUAUAUGGAGAUGACUGGUUUACAGAGUAACAGAAAUUCUCAAGUCCUUCAAAACCUGCAGACUCUCCAGACAUAUGUAUCUUCAACACCAGGAGGUGACAGUUUAAAUCAGAAUACUAAGAGUGAGGUGGUCAGACCUGCUAUGCCUUUUCCAAAUUUGCUCAAUUUCCAAAAGAGACAAUCUGAUCAAAAGAAAGCGCCAUCAAGAACAAUCAUCAGCUCUAAUUCUAGCCAGGCAGGUGAAAAUACUCCCACCCAGGAGACCCCAAAAGAAGGUGGGGGCUUUCUUGCCAGAUUUAUGAGGAGAAGCUCCAGAGACCAGAAAGCAGCAUCACAAAGUCAAGAAAACCUGACAGGAGCUCGGAGUCGAGCCAGUUACCUGGAACGUAGUCAGUCAGACCAAGGGGAACCGAGUAAGCCUGAGCUGCCAGAAACUGUUCCUCACAUAAAGGUUGGCAGACAGCGUUCAUCAAGCUUCCCCAAUAGACUCAGCUACCAGGAGGCUAAUACUGAAUUGAAAAUGCCACCUUCACCCAAAGACCUGCCACCUCCUCUUCCACCGGAAAGGAACAGAGCCAGGGAAUACAGAGGUAGUAAAAGUUUAUCGCUGGAUGACAAGCCUGGUCCCCCAGUUGAAAUCAUCAGUAAGUCCAGUAACAGUCAAGGGUUAAAGAGAAACAUCACAGAACCUCUUCUGAAGGUUGAAGAAACCAAACCAGAGAUGAGGGUUUUGACUGUCCUGCAUGUACAGCAAGAGCUGCAGUUGACAAAUCCUUACCAUCAGUUGACAGAAUCUUCCAAAACAGAUGAUGAAAAGUUGAUUGAACUUUUGCAGAAUGGUGGUAGUUCAAAGCUAGGAAGAGAAGAAAAAGGAAACUAUGCAUCUAUGUCGGAACUGAAGAGUAAAAUGAGUUUGCCAUUUCCUGUCAAGAAACAACUGAGUGCCAAUGAACAAGCAGCAGAGAUAGCUCGCCAUGUUACAUCACUGCCUCCAUUUAUCCCACCAAAGACAAAGCCAUACCCUUCAACUCUGUCGCCAGUGAUAGAAUCACAGUUAUCACCCAGAGGUAUGGCUUCUGAUGCCAUCUAUGUGGAGAUGAAGGAACUGCCUGGUAGAAGAUCACCCAGCACCUCUGAUGCUUUUGCCCUGGACCCUGCAGGCCAGAAGGACAAGGCCCGUGCAACACUCCGAAUUUGUCCACCAGUAGAGGAUGAAAACGGGAAAAUCUGGGUCCCUCGUAGUAGCCUGAACUCUGCAGUUACUGUUACAGAAACUGCCAGUGGGUCAUCCCCUCACAGUGCCAAAUGUUGUGACACCCAGAAUUUACACUAUAGUGCUCUGGUGGUCUCUGUUGAUGAUCUCAAUGACAAACUGGAUGCCAUUUCUGUCUCUUCCCAUGAGAGUAGUGACAAUCACAGUAUUCGCAGUGAAGACACUGUUCGGAGUAGCCCCGCCUCCACCAUACUGCGACCAAGGUCGGGCAGAGACUACCAGUUCGUAGAGCGACGACACACAACAAGUGAGAGCUGUACAUCCAGCCCCCAGACACCGUACUCUCCGUCCUCCGGAACUGUCUUCAGUUUUGAAAGUACUAUGUCCAACUCAUCGCAUGGCGAAGAGUACAAUGCCUACAUGAAUGUGGAUAUGACACCAGGUGCUAAGGAUUCUGUGUUGAGCCACAAACAUGUGUCUGAUCAUGAAGUCUCUCCCGAGAGGACGCUACGAGAUAGGCUGAUCAGUGAAAGAGAUAGGCGAAGCAGUGAGCGAGAAAAAGUAAUAGGUGAGAGAAACAGGUUGAAUAGUGAAAGAGACCGAAUCAACAGUGAUAAAGAGCAUUUACAUAGCCCAAGAAGCAAUUUGAGAGGUGACAAAAAUCAGUUAAGUCCUGAAAGGGACAUGGUUGGACAAGCACAAGACAAGCAUGAUGUUGAUUUAAAACUACACCAGAGUGAUAUGAAUUGUGAAAGUCCAGAGAAAGUCAUCACUAAAAUAGACAGAUCAAGUAGUGAUCAGAAAGCUAAUGGUGACAGAGACACUUCCCAUGUUGAAGAAGGAGACAUCCAAGAUGACCUAUACUCUGGUAGUGAGCACUCACCCUCAUGUAACAAGAGUGCAUCGCCCCCUCUGUCCCCUUGUGUGCCAAUGUCCCCCAUACCACCGGAGCAGGUGAACCCCCAAUUAAACUAUGCAGAGAUUGACUUGUCCACAGCAUGUGCUGCAGCAUCUCCUACAGAAACAAAGAGAAAGCCAAAGAAAACUGUGCCCACCACCCCAAUUGCAUAUGCAACAAUCGACAUGCUUGCCACGCAUGCCGUGAAGCAGGCAGGGAUUGAGCAUGCGCAGUCUCGUGAGGACAGUCUUCGGCGCAGUGUCAGUGUGUGUACUCGGAAAAACUCAGCUCCUUUGGUGAAAGAUAGGAAAUAUUCAAUGCGAGAACGGAAAAUGAGCACAGGUUCUUUAGGUGACACAUAGCCUUUUGCAUGCUUUGUGAUGUAUUUAUGACCUGACAGUGCCUUCAUUAUUUCUGUAAAGUGCCGCUAAUACAAAAGGCAGCAGUUUUAAACAGUGUGCUCAAUCUUUUUCUCUCCUAGGAAUUCUUACACGAUUGGUGGGUUACUUUGCUCAGUUUGCCACAGUACAAGGGAGAUAACUCUUAUGCCCAGUUGUGAGUCCCAUUUAUGUACUGGAGAUUUUUGUGUUUUUGUGAAGGUCGUAUUUAUGUUGUCUCCAUGUUGCCUUAUAUUUAUUUAUGUGUUCUGUAUUUGUAUAAAAUUUCAAUUGGCAUUGUCUUGCAAAAGAUGAAGUUCUGUGAAUGUAUGUUUAUAUUAAUAUGUUUCUUUUCCUUGGUUGUUUGGGGACAGAGUAAAUGGAUUUUACUUGAACAUGUUGAGUUGUGUACUGGAUAGAAAGAAAAUUAAAACAAAUAUUACCUAUUUGCUUAUGCUGAAAUUAGAGGUAUGUUCAGUCAGUUGAAAUUUGGAAACGGAACAGAGACUCCUUCAUUUCUCAGUUGAGAUAACCUAAAAACAUUAGAUGCUUCAGAUCUCUAAAUUGCUAUCUCUAUUUGAACAUGUGAAGACAACCAGGUCACACACAAUUGUCUUUCCAGUUGUCGUGGUUCUAUUGCGUAUCAUUUGGCCACAACUAACAUGCCAGUUGAACGAUGACAGUACGGAACACACUGUAGGCUGUGAUUGUCAUGUCUCUGUAUGGCAUUCACUGUUUUAAAGUUACAGUGAUCACUACCUCAAAAUAACAUGCCAUUUCUCAUGGAGGUGCUUUCUAAUAGGUUAUAAUUUGUUAGCUGUUCAUUAAAUAAAUGAUUCAUAUUAUUCUUAAAACACCUUUUUCCAAUUGAUCUCUGGAGGUAUUAGUUCCACAAUGGCUUGUAAGGACACAGUUUAGCACACCAGACAGGUUGCCACUGGGUGCCAUACUUUGUACAUAUGUAUUUGAAGGUGAGAUAGGUUCCAGGAUUGUUGAUUGGCAUUUCCCAGAAGUUGACAGGUGACAAAGUAGGUACUAGUUAUGGAUAACAUCUUUAACAUACUAAUGUUAUGCUUCAGUAUCAGUCCUUAUAGGAUUGUCAAGCUGGACUGUAACAGGAUCUGUUUUGCAAAUGCUUCACAUAUACAUGUGAGACAUGACGUGCAAGAUCUUGCAUUAUAUCGUACCUGGGUACCCUUUAUCAUAAGGCUAAAACCAUACACAUUAUGUUUAAGUUUUUAUAGCUUUGUUUCCAAUCCAUAUAGAUUGUUUUGCCAUAACAGGACCAUAACAGCAGUGUCAGAGAAAGAUCCUUACUUCCCCUAAACCAUUGUUAUAAGUUCAAUAUUACCAACUAUUUUCGAGAUAACUUUAUGUAAAUGCUGUUCAUGCUCCAAACAUGUCAGGUGGUUGAUGGUGAAGGGCUAAGAGGUGUGAUGCAAGAUCUUAACGGCUUGUGAUAUGCCUGCUUCUGGGUUCCAUGAUGAAGAUGCCAUAUCUACUAUGUUAAUGCAUUCAUAUAUAUAUUCUGAUUUCUUGAACAGAACAUUGUAGUGCAAUCUAAUUAAAAUCAGAUGGUUAGCUCUGAUACAAUACCUCUGUAAGUGAAUAUUCGGUAGGAGUGUCCUAGUCAGAACUAGGAGUACAGUCAGAAUGAACAAAACAUUAAGAGCAGCAUAUCUUGAUUUGCAAAGUUUGGUUCAAAUUUUUGAGUUGCAUCAGUUUUAUAUUUUGAACUUAAAGAAAACCAAAUGAGUCUUUAUUCAGACAGUAACUUGAACAGAUUGUUUACAAAUUUGGGGGUCACCCUCCAUUUCUGUGGGAGAGGUGCUGUGCAGACUUCUAUUUUGAUAUUACCCUGGUACUAAUUAUCAAGAUUUAUCACAGAUUACAUCUCUUGAACUCAGGUAUUGGGUGGGGAAACAUCUUUAUUUUAAUAAGAUUGAAUUAUGCUGUGAAAUAUGUUCAAUUAAGUCCAAUUUCAGACUCAAAUGAAGUGUAAAGUGAGGGGUGGAGACAAGGGGUGUCUAGCGUACUGCCGACAUAGUUAUCGCUCUGCACAGGAGGAACCCUGUAACCUCAUGUACACUGAAUGAUUGGCUGUAAAUAUUCACUUCCCCAGGACGGUGUUACCAAGCAGACAGCACAAAACACAAAGUUGUGAUAUAUUCCAACGUGAUUAGGGGAAUAUGGGCUGUGUUGUCUUGUAUACAGGCAUUGUAUCCGUAAGAGGCCAAGGCUACAAUGACCUUGUGGAAUUGUUUUGGGGCCACUGAAGGUAAUUCUCCUUGUUGGGCAGUUGUGCUGCUACUGAACAGUAGAAGUAUGAUUGUUGUGUAGUGGGGACGGCGCAUUGUGACUAACAGGUUUUGCUGGCCAGGUUUUUGUCUUACUCAGUUUCAGUGGUUGAUAUAGCCGUGAUCAGAAUGAACAGAUUGCUUUAGUCUCAUCAUGGUGCUGUGCUGAAUGUUUUGGGAUCAAAUUCUUCAUAUUUAUGUUGACAAUAAUUUGUUGUUGAAAUGUACAGUGUGAUUGAUGGAAGACAGAUUGUGCAGGUGCUUGUGGUCUGUCUUGCCGAGAGUCAUGGACCUUCAUUACGUUAUAUGUAUGCAUAUUGUCAGAAACUAGAUGGCACAGCAUGCUUUCUAGCUGUGUAAAGAUAACACUGACAUAUUUUCUUUUCAUUGUGUGGAACAGUGGAUUCUGGUAAUCCUGAUGUGGCUCUCUCGGUGACCGGUUACAUGGAAUGUCCAGCUGCACAGUGUCUAAGCAAUGCUUCAUAAAUCAGGCAUUUCUUAACACUGACUUCAUGUGCAGUUAUAAAACAAUUUGGUCUUGCAUAAAUGUUUGCAGAAAAUUAUUUUAGUAAUCCUUUUUAUGGGUUUUGUUAUUUUGGGAAAAUAUUGUUUUGGUACAAGAAUGUGAUUAGUAAACCACUCAACUGCAAGGAUGAGUGUUUUAUCACCAUACCCAGAUGAAUCCUUCACUGACUAUGUGAACCACAUCCACCCAUCAUGAAGUAUCCCACCCAUAACUCUACAUGUACUGUGGUCCACGUUGAUGGUCAAGUAUUUCACUGCCAUAAGUUGUCUGGGAAAUGCUAUCCAGAUUCCAGCAUGUUGCGAUCAACACCCUGAAACUGUGUUUCCUCCCUGUCAUCUGCACUGUGUCCCGGAAUGUCACAUGGCAGUUGUGUAGUGUCAGUCAGUCAAUCUAAGUAGAUGAUGAAGUCAUUGUGAAAUGUAUAUUUCAGAUGGUGCUACUAGUUUCAGUCAAACAAUGGCAGAUGCUGCCUGAUAGUGUGUACAGGCAAGGCAAAACAACGUGUCUGUUUCUCCUGUUUGUAUUCAAGCAAAGUUUAUUUCGGGAAAAUGAUGUUGCAAAAGAUAAUAAGGACAUUUGUUUGUGCCUUCCAAUGCUUGUGUGAUGGCUGUUGCUGCUACUGUCAAUGAGCUCAAGAGGGCAGCUGCUGGUUGAAAUGUUGCUUUUCAAUAGUACCAUAAUACUAGAUGUGUUUUUCAUUUGGCAUUGUGUUGUCCGUAAGCCUAUCAAAAACCUGGAAACAUUAAUGAGUAAAAAAUCCAUAAUGAACGUUUCCUAUAUUUGUAAACAGUUCAAAUGUGUACGACAGUCAUAUAUUCACGAAGAAAUAUUACUGUUUCUUUUGUUUAAGAAAGUUUUGCAGUGUGUACAGUAACCUAUUCUGAGGAAAAUAUUUGGUUUGACAUACAUAUUCAGUAGGUACCUUUUCAUGUAGUAAAGCUAAAUAUCUGCACACAUACACUUGAAGAAUGGCAAGAUAUUGUCUCAUGUUUCCUCUUCAGGCAUAGUAAUUGUCGUCUUUCAGACAGGUGCUUGUUAAGUUUAGACAUACCAGUACAUGUAUGUGGAUGAUUUUUCCAAACCUCCUUCCCCCUGCCAACUAUUUGUUUGGAGCCUGUAGCAGCAGCAGCCAGUCAAUGUAGAAUGCAUGCUUGUGUGUGACUGAGACUGUUUGAAUCAUUGUCAAGGAGUGAGAGCUGAUUUUAUAUAAUUUUUAUAGUAAAUUAUGCUUGUUAUGUUUGUAUUUUUGUUAGAGACUGGAGUACCCAGCUUGCUUUGUGUCCAAAUUCAUCUGGAAGGUGAAACCAUGUGCUAGAUACUUCCUUUGUUUGCCAAAUUACAUCUCAUUAUCUGUAUUGUGGUUUUUCAACGAAUGCAUAAUAAAUUCAUAUUUAGUCAUUUCAA